CGCACACACACACACACACACACACAUUCACUUGGACUCUGACUCAGCUUCAGCAGCGCGCUGCUCCUCAUUGGAGGAGGAAUUAUGUUUGCUUGAUGUGGAAGAAACUGAAGCACGUUUUGAACCUGGACAUUAUGAGGAGAUAUCCAGGCUUGUUCGCACUUGGAACAAAGAGGAUGAGGUCUUAGUCAACUUCUGAAGUUUUUUUGUAUCAUCGUUGGCACUCUUUUUUUUUUUUUUAGUUCAAAGCGUCUCUUUUUGUCAAACUUUUCAGACUUUCUCCAGCACAAAUGGAGCUCACCAGUUUGAUGGUCGUGGUGUUUUUGGCUGUUGCGCUGGUAGGUGAUGCGUUCGCGGACUCAACAGGUGUGAGGGAAGAGGCUGCAGAAAAGGCGAUUUGGGACGACACGCACGGUCAUGCUGGCGAAAGCCCGUCAGAGACCACCCACACCCGGCACUCCAGGAGCACGACGCCGCAAGGGGAUCACGGCAGUAGGGUUUUACCUAAAGCAGACCGGGCCACCAGACACCCAAGCAGCCUGACCACCUCGCAGUCCAGGAGCAGAGUGAACCGCAGACAGGGCAGAAAGUCCAGCACUACAAGCAGCAGCAGCACAAGACGACUUGUUGGGCCUAAUGUGUGCGGGGGUCAGCAGUGCUGCUCCGGCUGGGCUGUGGCACCAGGAACCAAUCGCUGCAUCAAACCCGACUGCCAGCCACCCUGCCAGAACCGCGGUUCCUGCAGCCGGCCGCAUACCUGCGUGUGCCGCUCGGGUUUCCAGGGCCCCCGCUGUGAGGAGGUGGCUCCUGAGCAGGUGUACAUCCACGACAGAGGGGCCUUGAGGCGUAUCCAGCCGGGCAGCAACCCUUUCCAGAAAGACCAACCAUGGAGACGGCCCGCCGAAAGGCAAGCCAUUGAUAGCGGCAAGAUUCAGACACCGCAACCUGCGACCACCAAGCAGCCCGUUCACACUGUGACCCAAGUGAGACGGGGACCCCCUGACUCCUCCCCUCAGCUGACCGGGACCUCCCGUACGGUGAAGCGUUAUCCGUCAUCCUCUGGGCCGAUCGCCUCCAAUGCUCUGCCCAACGGCAACACCCCCGGAAAUGAGCACAGGAACUCAAAUGGACACAGACACGACAACGUGCACUAUUUCAACGCUCACAGGCCAAGCAGUGACAACCAUCUGAAUGGACAAUUCAACAAUGCAUUAUCACCAGCAGGGGCCAACCUCACGUCCAGCCUGGACCGCAUAAAGAUCAUCUUUACACCCACAAUGUGUCGAAGAGUGUGCAGUGGCGGGCGAUGCUUCAACAGCUGUGAGAAAGGUGACGUGACAACUGUCUAUAGUGAGAACUUGCAGCAGCAGCAGCAGCAGCAGCAGCAGCAGCAACAACCAAAAGCGCCAGGCUUCAGACUCUUCUUUUGUCAGAUCCCCUGUCAUAAUGGAGGCCGUUGCAUUGGCAGGGACCAAUGCUGGUGUCCAACAAACUCAACCGGGAAGUUUUGCCACUUGCCAGCUCAGCCUCAUGCCAAGCCCACCACCCACAAGGAGUCCAGGAAUUCUGCUCCAAAAUCUCCCUCACACACCACGUACACUCUCCCGCUGUCCAAUCAACAAUUGUCGCUCCACCCUUCUUUGGUAAAAGUCCACAUCCAGCACCCUCCAGAGGCCGAAGUCCACAUCCACCAAGUGGCUCGUGUCCAACCAGGUCAGAGGUUGCCCACCACAGAGGGAGUUCACUCUGUCCAGCAGCGCUCUCAGCCUGGCAAUGGCCACGAGCCGGCUGUCGAGCACAGCAGCCGACACAACAACCACGCCAGAUCUCACAACCGUCAGAAUGGACAAGUGGGAAGAUGCUUCCAGGAGACGGUUGAUGGACAGUGUGGCAAGCCUUUGCCAGGCCUAACCAAACAGGAUGAUUGCUGUGGAAGUGUGGGAGCUUCCUGGGGUCUCAACAAGUGCCACACGUGUCCAAUUAAACCAGUACAUGCGGUGAUUGCAAAUGGCCAAGUUGAAUGUCCUGUAGGAUACAAAAGAAUGAAUGUCUCACACUGUCAAGACAUCAAUGAGUGCCUCCUGCCCGGAAUUUGCAAGAAUGCAGAGUGUCUCAACACCAAAGGCAGCUACAGGUGCACAUGUAAACCAGGCUACAUGUUAGAUCCUGCCAGAAGCCACUGUGUCUCGGACAAGGCCGUUUCAGACCAGAAGGCAUUUUGCUACCGAUGGGUGACAUCAGGCACAUGCUCGCUGCCCCUUUCUCAGCACAUCACCAAGCAGAUCUGCUGUUGCAGCGGCGUGGGCAAAGCCUGGGGAGAUGGAUGUGACCGAUGCCCUUUGCCCGGAUCUGAUCACUUUAAAGAGAUCUGCCCAGCUGGUCACGGAUACACCUACUCCCGCUCUGAUGUGCAGAUUUCUGUACGACAAUUGGAGGAAGACGAUCUUCAGAGUACUGGGCUGUCCUGGGAAGAGCAGAACCCCACAUAUCCUCAGCUACCGUCUUCCCAGCCUUCAGUGCAUAGUCCUGUCUGGCCUCAAAAUCCCAUUCACCCACAGACACCUCAAAUACCACAAUGGGCGGAGUACCCAGAAUCACCCCAAUCACCCAGGCACCCUGUCACACCACAGCAGCCCAUCCAUCCUUUCAUUCCAGCAAGAGAAUUACCUCGGCAGCCUGAAGAUGUGGAAAAUCCGAGACCGCCGGCUGUUGUGACGGACUCGCCAUUGAAAUAUCCAGAAGUUGCUCCAGACUCUCCAGCCAAGCUUGAUCCAAAAGAAACAAUUCCCACAGACUCAGGUAUUGACGUGUGCGUCACCACCCCUUCCAUAUGUGGCCAUGGGAAAUGUGUUCCUGUGCAGACUGGCUACACAUGCCAAUGUGAGCUGGGAUUCAAACUCAGUGCUCUUCAGACAACCUGCAUUGAUGUGAAUGAGUGCGAGGGUGAUCCAUGUGAAGGAAAGGGCAGUUGUUCAAACAACCAAGGCUCUUAUAGUUGUCAGUGCUACAGUGGCUACAGCCAGGUGAUCACCCAAAACAGGAAGUUCUGUCAAGACAUAAAUGAGUGCAGCAUGCCCAACAAGUGCCAGAAUGGCCAAUGUGUCAACACAGAAGGCUCUUUUACCUGUGAAUGUAACACUGGCUUUGCCAAGUCCUGGAGAGGUCAAUGUGAAGAUCUCGAUGAGUGUCAAGAUCCAAGUUCCUGCCCCAGUGGUGCCUGUGUCAAUACUGUGGGCUCCUUCCAGUGCCAGGUCUGCAGUCCUGGUUAUAGGCCAAUCAGUGAAAGAUGUGUGGAUGUAAACGAGUGCCUGAAGCAAAACAUAUGCGGCCGUGGAAGGUGUGUCAACAUGGAGGGCUCUUACAGGUGCAACUGUUUCCAGGGAUACAAACUCACACUGGACAAAGUAUGCCAAGAUGAGAAUGAGUGUUUGCUGCCAGGGGUCUGUGCCCAUGGUCGUUGUGUCAAUCUUGAAGGGACCCACAGAUGCAUUUGUGGUCAUGGUUACCAAGUCACCUCAGAUAGCAAAGCCUGUGAAGAUAUCAAUGAAUGUGCAACUCGUACAAAUUGUCCUGAAGGAAUCUGUAUCAACACUCCUGGUUCCUACACCUGCAAGAGCUGCAAUCCAGGGUUUCAACCAUCAGUUGAUGGGUUGAGAUGUGAAGAUGAGGACGAGUGUGCUCAGGGCAACUGGUGUCUCGGUGGCGUGUGCGCCAACACGGCGGGGUCGUACACCUGCACCAGGUGUAAGAGUGGCUACAGAGUGUCUCAGGAUCGACGCAGGUGUGAAGAUAUCGACGAGUGCCAGUCCCUGUCUACCUGUGCAAAUGGGAUCUGUCUAAAUUCAGAGGGCUCUUACACCUGUGAGAACUGCCCCACAGGGUACAGAGUGUCAUAUGAUGGAGAGCUCUGUGAAGACAUUGACGAAUGCACGCUGCCCAAUGUAUGCCCCCGGGGAACAUGCACAAACACAGAGGGUUCCUUCACAUGUGUCAGCUGUCAGCCCGGUUUCAAAGUCUCCGAAGAUGGACAGCAGUGUGAUGAUGUGGAUGAAUGCUUGGCAACUCAUGUGUGCCCGGGCCAGCUGUGCUCAAACACCCUGGGAUCUUAUACCUGCAGGAGCUGUGAAACCGGCAUGCAGCUGUCUGAAGAUGGUUAUGGUUGUGAGGAUAUCAACGAGUGCCAGGCCGCAGGUGUGUGUUCCACAGGAAUUUGCACCAACGCAGAAGGAUCCUUCUCCUGCGUGGCCUGUGACCCCGGCUUCACUGUGGCACCCAAUGGUCUCUCGUGUGAAGAUAUGAAUGAAUGUGAUGACACGGGCCUGUGUGUGGGAGGUCAGUGUACCAACACCAUUGGAUCCUACAGUUGCUCUUGCCCUUCUGGCCUGGAAAUGAUUGAUGGGACCUCCUGCAGAGGUACAUGUAUAUGCUCACCAGAGUUCCACCUUAAAAUAGAAUAUGCAUAUUUACCUCCCCUUGCUGUCCUAGUAAGUGUACAUUUAUGCUUAUGUGCCACAGAUAUCGACGAAUGUUUGACCAUCGUGGGAGUAUGCGGAGAAGGACGGUGUCUGAAUAGUGAAGGAUCCUACAUGUGUAUCUGCCCUGACGGAUAUGACACCCUUGAUGGGCGGAUCGGCUGCCAAGAUGUGGACGAGUGCAGCAAAAACAACGUGUGCGUCCGGGGCCGAUGCGUCAACACUGACGGCUCUUUCAUGUGCUUGUGUGAUGCUGGCUUCAAAUUUAGUGAGCACACAGCUGAUUGUGAAGACUUGAAUGAGUGCAAAGAGUUUGGAAGCUCGGUGUGUGGUACCUGGCGCUGUGAAAACACUAUUGGCUCGUACCGCUGCUUCAUGGGCUGCCAGCCUGGCCUUGAGGGAGAAGACGCCACAGACUGCGAUGUAGAUGAGUGCCUCAACAAAACCAUCUGCUGGAGCCACAGCUUUUGCGAGAACACAGACGGCUCCUACCGCUGCCAGUGUGAUCAAGGUUACACAAACCCAACCGAAGACCCGAGCAAAUGUGUCGACGUGAAUGAGUGCGAGAUGAGCCUGGCGCUGUGCGGGGAGGCCUUGUGUGAGAACUUUGAUGGCAGCUUCCUGUGCAUCUGCCCCAACGACAAUGAGGAAUUUGAUCCCACCACCAGCCGCUGCCGCUCCCUGGCUGGUACCGACUCAAAAGACCCUGCUCCUGUGGCCCCCACAAACGAGGAAAGGAAAGAGUGUUACUACAACUUAAACGAUGCCAACUUCUGCGACAACGUCUUGUCUCGGAACACCACCAAGCAGGAGUGCUGUUGCACUGUGGGUGCCGGCUGGGGCGACAACUGUGAGAUCUACGCUUGUCCCACUCCAGGAGGAGAUGACCAUCACCAGUUGUGCCCUCAUGGCAGCGGUUCAAUACCCCUGCCUGCUUCCUCCACUCAAAGUCUGGCAGAACAGCGACUCUACAUUGAUGCAAAUGAGUGUGAAAUGUUUGGGUCAGACAUUUGUAAGAACGGACAGUGUGUAAACCUCUACUCCACUUAUACCUGCUACUGUCGCUCUGGAUUCUACUAUGACGACGUUAGGCUUGAGUGUAUUGAUUAUGACGAAUGUGAAUUUGGAAAUUCUUGCAUGGAUGGAGUUUGUGUGAACACGGCGGGCUCUUUUAACUGUUUCUGCAGUCCACCAUUAGUUCUGGACAGCACCCAACGGCGCUGCAUAAGCGUAAACACUACAGAAGAAACUGUGGAGUCUAACCUUGAUGUGCACAUGGACAUCUGCUGGCAGCGUCUGGAGGGAGACAACAUGUGUUCAGAACCCCUCCGGGGCCGCAGAACUACCUACACUGAAUGCUGCUGCUUGUAUGGAAUCGCCUGGAGUGGACAUUGUGCCUUCUGUCCUCGAAGAGACUCAGAGGAUUAUGCAGUCAUGUGCAACCUGCCUCUGAGAGGAAGUUCAGACAGUUUGCGAGAGCGACCGGGUUAUGAGUACGGCGUCGACAGUCCUGAGGAUCCCGCCGAGCCUUUUGUUCCUCCAUACUGGGACAACUAUGGUGGACCAGCUGGACCGUACGACAUUCCAGAGAGCAUCCCUCUGUUUAACGACAACGACUACAGUGUUCGACAGCCACCUGUCCGGGUCCCCAUCCAUCGACCCCGCGAGCACCGGCCACGGCCAGUGGAUCCCUACUCUGAACGCUAUGGAGGCUUUGAGGGUCUCCAAGCAGAAGAAUGCGGCAUUCUGAACGGCUGCGAGAAUGGACGCUGCGUUCGCGUGAGAGAAGGCUACACCUGCGACUGCUUCGACGGAUAUGAGUUGGACCUUAAUAAGAUGGCCUGCAUAGACAUAAACGAGUGUGAGGACAUCAGCGACAAGGUGCCUUUGUGUCAGAACGGCCAGUGCACUAACACGGAGGGAUCCUACAGGUGCAACUGUUUGUCUGGCUUUGUGGCCUCUGACAAGCCACACAAAUGCAUUCCAGCAACUCCGGAGGUGGAGCACAGAGAAACAGGAAAAUGACAUGGCGACUGAUUAGCACUGAUAUUUUCAUAUCACCUGCUUCUUCAAAGUUGAAUUUUUACUCCUUGUGGCCUUCUUCCUCCUAACGGUAACGCUGAAAUGUCCAGAACAGAAGACACUAAUCAUCCCUCAUACAGAAAAAGAGGAGUCUGCAGUGAAUAGAUGACAUUAGGUUUCUAGCUGUUAAAGGGAUUUUGUGGACUGGCCUUUUUCAUUUAGUAAACCUCCUGGUAAUUUGAUAUAAUUUCACUUUAUCUUCCCUGUUGUUGUGUUAUUUAUUUAAGGCCUUUUCGGCGGCAUGAUUGCUUCCUCUCUUUAUUUGUUAAUUUCAUGUACAGAAAUGUCAUCGGAAUUCUUACACUUACAGAAGAGCCCAUUCAUAAAGCCCCAUUUGAAUCUCGCGUGCAGUUGAAAACUUCGGCUGUGGUCAAAUUUGGAAUAGCCACAAAAAACUAUUUAAGAAAUUUAACAUCAUCUGUCACGUUUCAAGUGUCAGUAAACCAUGACGAAUGGGCCCAUAUGAAUACGCUUCCUACUAUAAAUGCACAAAGACAAAAACGAGUUGCAACAUGUUGAAUGUGCCUACCAAGAGCUAAGAAGACAAAACAACCAAGCUUUUCAAAAUGAAGGCUUCAGCCGCUACCUUUAAGAUGUAUAUUAGAAUCUGAUUAUAAUGUUUUUUUUAUGCAAAGGUGCAAUACUUGCAGCUUUUUAUGAAUAAAAUCAAUCUAACAGUAUUAACUUAUUUUAUUUUGUUGACAAAGUAGCAAAGUGUGUUGCUACAUUUUAAUGUCUAAAAUAACACCUGAUGCAACAAAUAUCACUGCUUUUAUGUACACUACUCAAUCAAAUCAUUCACCAACAUGUGUGCAUCUCUUAAUGCAAGACAAAUGCUACGCUGGAGAGGUUAGGUUUAUUUUGUACAGCUCUAGUACUAUGUAUUAUUAUUUAUUGUUAAAUAUCCGUUGUAAUACAUCAUACAUAGCACAACCAAUAUUUUUGCUUGACAUAAAAUAUACAAAAUAUGAAGAAAAAAAAAAUGACAUCAUAGCUUUGUAGAUUUUUAUGUGACUGUAAAAAUUUUUUUUUUUUAAACCAAAUGUUUUUAUGUGUGAGGAGAGCGACAGACACUGUACCAGAGGAACUUCGUGUAUAACCUGCCCUGUGGAGCAGAAUAUGAAAUAUAUAAAUAUAUAUAUUUUUGGAAGUGGCAGCACUGCUCUAAUCUAAUUGCAGACAUGUUUUAAUUUCAUUGCAAAGACAAUACAAUUGAAAUGUAAGCACCACUUUCUGUAUGUUACAACUCUAUGAUUAAAUAUUAUUAAUUGUCAACAUUCGUUCUUCUUAAGUCAAAAAUGCAUCAUAAUAGAGAGCCUUAGUUUCUUUAUUUGAAUGUUUUUUUUUUCUUAGUUUGGAAUAAAUAAUUUGCUUAAUGGGCAACUGGCAAAAUACAAAAUCAUGACAGCAGCACACUGUUAUAAAUGUCUAAUUUAACUUGCAUUAAUAAACUAUAAAUCCUACAACUGUGCAAAUGUUUCCAUGUGAUGUGCACUGUACUUUAACUGUGCUGCUCCAAUUAUCACCUGAACCAGACAGGAAGUCCGACAUUUGGGUCAAAGUUGGAACAGGUGAGGCCCUAUAAAAUCCCAAACGACUUAAUGCUAAUGUAUGAUGUGGUCAUUGGAAAGAUCAUGCUCAUUCAUUUUGUUUACCUCUUGACUGUAAUCACUGUCAGUCAGCCAAAUAAAAACGUAA